ACUCCAUUUCUUCUGUCUGUUUCCUCUGCUCGGAAACUAAACAGAUCUAAUCUAAUUAGUUCUAGUUUUAUUACUUAACUCAAGAUUAAUCUCGUUUUAGAAAAAAAAUCGAGUCUUGAUUCAUUUUAUUCAGGAAUUUUGGGAAAGUUUAGAGAUCUGGUGUUGAAACUUUGACAUUUGGUGAUUUCAUCACACUCAUGAAUCAAAACCCUUUUUUGUGGUGUUUCAAAAUCUGGGUUAGUCAAUUGUAGCUGAUUUUUUGAUUUUUUUAAAUUUCGUUUUGACUGCUUUAAAUCGGAUUCUUGUUGAAAGAUUGAAUUUUUCGAAACACCCAUUUGAUCAAAAUCAUUAUUAUUUGGGUUCAGAUUAGUAACCGUUUCAGAUUAGCCUUAAUUAUCUUGGUUUGCAUUAAUUUUUGUGUUUUUGCUUUUAUUGACCGAAAAUUUGGUGAUGUGCAAUCUAGGGUUUCCUAUUCCCUUAUGUGCUAUUUAUGGAAAGAUCAAUUUCUUUCCCCUUUUGGGUUUUUGUGGGAUCCAUUUUUUUCAGCUGUGGAUUUUUGCUUCAUACGAUGAAGAUUCGAUAGAAAAGAAAUUGGAGGUUUUCGAUUCCCUUCUGUGGGCUUUCCCUUUUCAGCUGCGGAUUUCAGUCUGGUAAGGAAGAAAGGUGGUUUUGGGUCAAUCUUUUCACUUUCUCGAUGACCGAGACGUGUUGCAAGAUCGGUUCUGCUUAGUUUCAGGAGUUUAUCCGGUGCUUGUAAACGUGAAACCUGCCGGGAUUGCAAAAAUCGCAGACUAACUGACCCUCACAAACCAAAGGAAUGAAGAAGUAGGUGUGAGGAAAUUGUCUGGAACCAAUCAGACGUUUGUAAGAGAGACGAUUGCAACUCUAAUUUCAUGUGUGGCUUUGGUUCUAUGUCCUUUGUACACCAAAGCAGUAACCGGCGGCGAGCUGUGGAUAAUUCGGAUUCCGAUUCCCUUAUCCAUGGAAUUGGUAGAGACAACUCGAUUAGCUGCCUCAUUCGGUGUUCUAGAGCUGAUUAUCGUACCAUUGCAUCUCUUAACCGGAGCUUCCGCUCUCUUAUUCAAAGCGGUGAGCUCUACAAGCUUAGGCGGAAAGCGGGCAUAAUUGAGCACUGGGUAUAUAUCUCGUGCCACCUGCUAGAAUGGGAAGCUUUUGAUCCCAAUCGCCGGCGUUGGAUGCCGUUGCCAAAGAUGCAUUCUAAUGAAUGUUUCUUUUUUUCAGAUAAGGAGUCAUUAGCGGUUGGAACCGAGCUUCUUGUAUUUGGAAAGGAGGUGAUGUCCAAUGUUAUAUACAGAUAUAGUCUGCUGACAAACAAGUGGUCGUCGGGUAUGAGGAUGAAUGCCCCAAGGUGUUUGUUUGGGUCUGCUAGCCUUGGGGAGAUUGCUAUUAUAGCUGGUGGUUGUGAUUCUAAGGGUAAUGCUCUAAGCUCUGCUGAACUUUAUAAUUCGGAGACUGGAAAUUGGCAGAGACUCCAAAACAUGCUCAAGCCGCGGAAGAUGUGUUCAGGGGUAUUUAUGGAUGGGAAGUUUUAUGUGAUUGGGGGAGUUGGGGGAAGCGAUUCAAAGCUUCUUACUUGUGGAGAAGAGUAUAAUUUGGCAACGGAAAUUUGGACUGAAAUCCCUAAUAUGUCCCCCUCGAGGAGCAGUGGUACUGAUACCCCUGCUACGGCUGAGGCCCCACCUCUUGUUGCUGUUGUUGAUAAUGUAUUGUAUGCAGCUGAUUAUGCAACUAUGGAGGUUAGAAAAUAUGAUAAGGAGAGGAGAGAGUGGCAUUCGGUGGGGAGAUUGCCAGAAAGGGCAGCAUCCAUGAACGGUUGGGGAUUAGCAUUUAGAGCUUGUGGACACCGCCUUAUUUGUAUCGGUGGACCUAGGGCAUCAGGUGAAGGAUUUAUAGAAGUCAAUUCAUGGGUUCCAAGUAAAGGCCCUCCUGAGUGGAUUUUGCUAGACCGAAAGCAAUCCGCUAGCUUUGUGUAUAAUUGUGCUGUGAUGGGUUGCUGAAGAUUUUUGUUUUGGAUGCACUCGCUCGUGCAACACUGCAACGGUGCUUUUUGGCUGAAAUUGGAUCCAGAAGAUUGCUUUCCCUGUCAGCAUAGGAUUAUUGAUAAUGGGUAAUAAAUCCCAACUUUUUGUUUCCCAUUUUUGUUUCUUCUUCUUCUUUCUCUUUUUUUUUUUUUUUUUUUUUGAUUGGGGAAGGAUGGAUAGAAUACCAGAUUUUUACUCGAGGUUCAAAAAAAUGUUUUAUUGGAAGAAGGUUUUGAGUAUCAUUUUUUCGGAAAAUUUUAUUUCUGUUUUAUUCUUCAUUGGAUUUCUCUCGUGUUCAUGACAUGAGAACUUGAACAGUGGAAAACAGGACAGGGAUAGGUUUAAUAAAUUCAAAGUUCUAACUUCUAAUGCAAUUAUAGAAUUCUCUUUGUA